AUGCCGGCCGGUGUGCGGCCUAUCCAAAUGCCUCAAGACGGGCAGCCGCCGGCUGGGCUGGGCUGCGGCAUGUCGGCGCUGCACGGCGAACUGCACGACGAACAGAACGGCAAGAGGCUUGCUGCGAGUUGGCGGUCAUGCUCUGUCGGUCGCCCGGUCGGUUGGUCUGACAUGUCGCGGGGAGGCUUGGAUGAUGUGCGCCCGUGGGGUCUCACAAGACUUGUUUCCCGUCCGUACCCGCUUCGGGAGGAACUGUCAGAUCCCACAUUUUGGGGCGGCACAUCUCGGUACGCUUCAGGGUGUUACAGCGUGUUGGAUAAUAGCGGUGCCCCCUAUUAUUGGCUCGAAACACGGGCGCGGUGCAACCCCAGCGGGGCCGUUGGGCGGCUUCCAGCGGGCUUUUUCAGGCCCUUCGUUGGGCCGUAA